AUGGCGGGUUCAAAUGAUAUCCAUAAGGUAAGGCGUAGGCCAAAAUUUCGGGAUGGCGAAUUAGAAGAUGGCAAAGUUCAUAAAUCACGAUCGGGUCGCCAUGAAGGGGAGGGGGUCACAUCAGUUGAGCCAGAUGUUUCUGAAGUGCGGAGAGUUCGUUUGGAAAGACUCGAAGGGCAUUCGACAAGUCGAUCAACCCGCAACAGUGCAGCAACCGAAAGAAUGCCCGCAGAAUCGAGUGCAACGGUUGAUGCGACAAAGUCAUCAUCGAGUCAUAGACGAAGAAGACGACAUCAUACUUCCGAAGACGGUGCUGGACAUCAUUCGCGAUCGAAAACAAGUGAUAGAGAGGAGAAACCGAGAAGUGAUUUUGUUUAUGACGCCCCGAGGGAGAGUGAUAGUAAAAGCAAGGCACGAGGGAAAAACAUAACGGAAAGGAGACGCCGGGACGAAGAGGAUGAAUCUAGCAGUGAUUCCGAAAAUGAGGACAAAUCGAAAUUAGAACCUAUGGUCUCGAAAUCGAAAAAGAUCAAGGUUGUGGUUCCAGAGCAGCCAAAAAGGUCAAGUUCAACUAGUAGGGUGAAGAAAGAGGAUAAAGACAAGAUACCGACAAAGCGUUCUGCAGAUGCUGGAACAUCAGGGUCGAAAAGUACAUCACAUAGAACUAAAGUCACUGUUGGCGAUUCCGUGUCACGCCCUCCACUUUCAAGGAGUGCAACGACUCGAAUUACCACAGAUCCUACGCCACCAUUGAGGAGGAGUAGUACGACGGUAGAAUUUCCAAAAGCACCAGAAUCUAUAGCGAAUUCAGCCACUUCACAUAACUCACAACGUCGUGGUAGCUUUCUAGGAAGUUUCUUCUCAUCCGGACCACCACCUCCUCCGCCAGCUCCUCCCGAACCAGAAAAGCUAGUCGAAUGUCUGACAUGUUUAUCCGACGAUAUUCCCAAGUCCAAAUGUGCCAAAUUACGAUGUGGCCAUCGGAUGUGCCAUUCUUGCCUCAAACGGAUAUUUCGACUCUCCGUUAAAGAUCCGGCACACAUGCCACCAAAAUGUUGUACAGCCGAACAUAUCCCAUUAAAACAUGUCGAGAAACUAUUUGAUAUACCGUUCAAAAAACUUUGGAAUAAGAAAUAUCAGGAAUAUACUACCAAAAAUCGAAUAUACUGUCCAGCGAAACGAUGUGGGGAAUGGAUUAAGCCCGAGAAUAUACAUAAGGAGAAUGGAAAGAAGUAUGGAAUCUGUGGAAGGUGUAAGACGAAAGUGUGUGCAUUGUGUAAUGGCAAAUGGCAUGGAUCGAAAGAGUGCCCGAAGGACGAGGAAACAAACAAAUUGCUUGAAACGGCAAAACAAGCUGGAUGGCAACGGUGUUAUAGCUGUAGGACUAUGGUAGAGUUGAAAGAAGGGUGUAACCAUAUGACUUGUCACUGCACAGCACAAUUCUGUAUGAUCUGUGGAUUGAAAUGGAAGACAUGCAAUUGUCCAUGGUUCAAUUACGAAACCGUUGAAACUGCUAUGGAAUUUCCUCAACCCGUCCCUGUUCAAGACGCUCCCGAGAGGACUGCAGCACCACCUGCGCGAGGUACUCGAGAUAGAGCGAGAAGGCAGCCACCUGCUAACUACAAUGAAGAACUUAUUCACAGACGUCGCCAAGAACGCGAAGAUGAAAGAGUAGCUCGACAACUACAGAACUGGGGUACUGAUGGUAUGCCAACAAAUCAUCGCGACGCUGAUUAUAAUGGUGGAAUAGGCGAUGUUCAAGGAGUCGGCAAUGGCGCAUACCAUUUCAUGAAUCAAGAUUAUAUACGCGAAGCUAGCAAUGUUAUAGCUCAACCUGGUGGGGUAAUGAACUUUGGGCUUGGAGUUACCAAUUUUCUUACUGGAGUUCUGAGACCUCGAGGGGCAACUGCUGCAAAUCCAACCGUGGCUGAAAUGACCGAACGUUACCCAACAGUUCCUCCGGCAGGUUCAGUACCGGAGCCUCAAUCUCCGGCUGCACCAAGUCUCGUCAGAAGACAUACCACUCGAGACGAUACAAGAGCUAAUAGUCAAGCACGGAGAGCAUCAGAUAUUGUGGUGCCGAGAAGAACGAGGACGGAUUCUAAGGUUGAACCAGCUAUCCAUGCGCCGGCUUCGAGGGUCUCCGUCACUCCUUCAAGGACUUCUAGUUCUGCGUCAAAAACGAAGGAGAAGGAAAAGAAGACAAAGUCAUCAAUACUUGCUGGGCUUGGAAGUGGAAAGAACAGAGUGGAUGCUUGGAGAAGUUAUGUUGCACCUGGUGCUCCACCUGCGGAGCCAAUCUCUUGA